UCUAAGUUGUUGCCACGUUAGAAACAGCAAAAUGUAUCAAAUUUUUAUUUUUUGUACAGUUUUAACCUCAAUAGUUCAUUUUUCUAACCAAUCAAGUGGUGUUAGAAUCAUCGGUGGUUCAAAUAUCAACAUAACCUCGGUUCCAUAUCAAGUUUCCCUUCAAAAUGUCGGCAGUAACUUCCACACUUGCGGUGGGUCCAUUCUCGCGCCAUCUUGGAUUCUCACUGCAGCGCAUUGCGUGCGUGAUUUUGAUCCUUUGAAAAAACAAAUUGUCGUUGGAAUGACUCUGCGUAGCAAAGGCGGAAUAAUCCAUAGUAUUAAACGUGUGGUUCAACAUCCGCUUUUUGGUUCAGCGCAUAAAUAUAGCCAUGAUAUUGCCCUUAUAGAAUUGAAUACUCCGAUCACGUUUAAUGCUUUAGCGCAACCUGUUAGACUUCCUGAAGAUGAUGAACCACUUCCUGUUGGGAGUGUUUGUAGAAUUUCCGGUUGGGGACGGUUGGAGCACGAAGGUGAUAAGCCUGACCAACUGCAAUCAACUACAGUACCAAUAUGGAAGCCUAAGAAAUGUGCGGCUGCUUAUAAAUAUUCAAAAUCAUUGUUUGAUGGAAUAGAGGCGACUAUGAUGUGCGCAGGAUGGGAAAAUGGCGGCUCGGAUACUUGCAGUGGAGAUUCAGGAGGUGGACUUGUGUGUGGUGAUGCCGUUUAUGGCAUUGUUUCGUUUGGAAAAGGCUGCGGGACUGUUUAUCCAAAAGUAUUCAGUCACGUAUACAAUUUAGAGUUUGUUGAAAGUGUUAUCGGGUAGAUUACAAGAAAGUGUAUUAUUGUAGUAAUACAAUAGUACUAUUGUCAUUUGAAAAGUCUUUUAUAACUUUCAAAUCAAAUAAAGGUUUGUGGAUUAAUAUGCAUGAGUAAAAUAA